CAGCCCAGUAACAAAACACCAGCAGCCCUUGCCCCAUCCACAGGCAGCUGGGAACCGGUUGCACCAGCGUUUGGUAAUCGCUGUUCCCAUUUUCCCGUGACGAGUUGAUCGGUGUAUUAUGUCACAGUGAGGGCUACCCCGGUAGGGACUGCAGCCACUGACACCCGGCACGCAUCGCCGUCCCUCUGCUGUGUGGAUUCCGUGUUUCUUGCAGUGAGUGGCACUCGCCGUGACAGCUCCUCACAGUUACCGGUGCGGAAGAAACCACCCGGGAGGUCGCGAUGUUUGAUAAAAGCAGAAUCCCCUUCGUGGUGCUGGAUGUAGUGUGCGUGAUACUCGCUGGCUUACCUUUGAUCGUUUUAAAGCUGAUCACAAAAAUUCCAUAUCAGAGGGGUUUUUUCUGUAAUGACGACAGCAUCAAGUAUCCAUUCCAUGACAGCACCGUCACGUCCACUGUACUCUACACAGUGGGCUUCACCCUGCCCAUUUGCUCUAUGCUUCUAGGAGAGGCGCUGUCUGUUUAUUAUAACCAGUUACAGUCCAACGCUUUUGUCAGAAACCAUUAUGUGGCCACCAUAUACAAAGCGAUUGGGACAUUUAUAUUUGGUGCUGCGGUGAGCCAGUCACUGACCGAUAUUGCCAAAUAUACUAUUGGGCGUCUGAGGCCACAUUUCCUUGAUGUUUGUCGUGUCAACUGGGCUAAGAUCAACUGUAGCGCUGGAUACAUUGAAAACUUUGUGUGUGAAGGGGAUCCAGUGAAAGCAAAUGAAGCUCGGCUUUCGUUCUACUCCGGCCACUCGUCCUUCUCCAUGUACUGUAUGCUGUUCCUGGCACUGUAUCUUCAGUCCAGAAUGAAAGGAGACUGGGCCCGGCUUAUACGCCCCACGCUCCAGUUUGCGCUUAUUGCGGCGUCCAUAUACGUUGGGCUUUCCAGAGUCUCUGAUUACAAGCACCACUGGAGCGACGUUCUCACCGGUCUCAUCCAGGGAGCAAUUGUAGCAGUGCUUAUUGUUGUGUACGUCUCAGAUUUUUUCAAAGUCCGGAAGGGCAGCUUCAACCAGAAGGAGGAGGAUUCCCACACAACGCUCCACGAAACGUCCACAAACGGAAACCACUACGGGACCACCCACCAGCCCUAACAACCGCCGCGCCACUCACCGUACCCUGCUUUUAUACAGAAGUAUCCACAAGCCUUAUAAAAUCCUGUAUGUACAUGCGCGAGAGGCGGGAGCGUGUUUAUGGACUGCUGCUAUACCUGUUGAAUGCCCACUUUACCUGUAUAUAGUUAUAAAGACACCCUAUGUAUAUGAUAUAGCUUUACGUUUAUCUGGUAUGGAACAUUUAUCAGCUAUACACAUGCACACAAUAAAUGUGGUAUUCAAAUUGUAAAUUUUUUUAUUAAAAUAAUGUGGUAACAUGUUUAUGUACAAACACUUGUUUAAUAUUGCUUUGCCAGACAAUUGCCUGUUCGGAUUUAUACCACGGAAACAUUAAAACUGUUUAAAGCAAA